AGGGAGAGCGUACAACACAGCGCGGCGUUCGUGCAAAACAUUCAGUCGUAAAGCGUGAACGCGAACCGGGGUAAAGUCUGCAUGCAAUGCACGGUGGCCUGCCUCGGACCCCCGCGAGUUCUGGAUUUGCCAGGACGACGUGUGUUUAGCUUAGAGGCGGGGAAGAUACAAUGUAUCUAAACCCGAACUUUAAAUUAGCGAUCCCGUGUCCCUUCUGCCUUGCAUUAAGCUGUAUGGGGGGAGAAAAGCUGCGCGUGGCGUUCUGUUACCAAGUACACGCAACUCGGUUCACCGGGAGAUGGUAACGUAUGUACGAAAUUGGAAGGAACAUGGUUGAGAGGACCAGUAAAUUUUUGUUGAUCGUCGUUGGAUCCAUCUUUUUCAUGCUGAUUUUGUACCAGUACGUGGCUCCGGGGGUGAUGAACUUCGGGUCUCCGCACGGGUACCUCAUCGAGGACGAUACGGAUAUCUUUCCCACUCCGGAUCCGCACUACGUGAAAAAGUACUAUUUUCCCAUCCGAGACCUGGAGCGUACGGUGGAUUUUGAAAUCAAGGGCGAAGACGUGAUAGUUUUUCUGCACAUCCAGAAAACUGGGGGGACCACUUUCGGAAGGCAUUUGGUCCAAAAUGUGAGACUAGAGGUUCCUUGUGAUUGCAGACCGGGGCAGAAAAAGUGUACCUGCUACCGCCCGAACAGAAAAGAAACCUGGCUGUUUUCACGGUUUUCAACCGGUUGGAGCUGCGGCUUGCACGCGGACUGGACAGAGCUCACCAACUGCGUCCCGGGGGUUCUCAACAAGAAGGAGAAUAAAUUAAAAAACAUGAGGAAGUUCUACUACAUCACGCUCCUGCGGGACCCGGUGUCGCGCUACCUGAGCGAGUGGCGUCACGUGCAGCGUGGCGCCACCUGGAAGACGUCGCUGCACAUGUGUGACGGGCGCACGCCCACGCCCGAGGAGCUGCCCGCCUGCUACGAGGGCACGGAUUGGUCGGGCUGCACGCUGCAGCAGUUCAUGGACUGCCCCUACAACCUGGCCAACAACCGGCAGGUGCGCAUGCUGGCCGACCUCAGCCUGGUGGGCUGCUACAACAUGUCCUUCGUGCCCGAGAAGAAGCGCGCCCAGAUCCUGCUGGAGUCGGCCAAGAAGAACCUGCGCGACAUGGCCUUCUUCGGCCUGACCGAGUUCCAGCGCAAGACGCAGUACCUGUUCGAGCGCACCUUCCGGCUCAAGUUCAUCCGGCCGUUCGUGCAGUACAACAGCACGCGGGCGGCCGGCGUGGACGUGGACAACGACACCAUCCUGCGCAUCGAGGAGCUCAACGAGCUGGACAUGCAGCUGUACGACUACGCCAAGGACCUCUUCCAGCAGCGCUACCAGUACAAGCGGCAGCUGGACCGGCGGGAGCAGCGGCUCAUGCUCAGGAGCCAGGGGGGCGGCGGCGGUGGAGGGGGCGGGUUCGGCCAGCGCCGCGCCCGUCUGGACGCGCCCGGGGAGGAGGGGCCGGAGGAGGGGGCGCGGCUGCCCACCGAGGACUACAUGAACCACAUCAUCAACAGGUGGUAGCCUUGGGACGGCCCGGGUGAGGGAGGGACAGAGAGAGAGAGAGGCGGGGAAAGAGGGGACGGGGGGUGGGGUCUAGCUGGGGAAUGGAUCGCGGACAGCUUCAAAACUCCAUUUAAAGGCUGAACCUUGGCCCCAGCCGUUGAGGGGUGCUGACUGACAUACUUCCCCUCUCCCCAGCCUCACUCCAACACCCCUUGCCCCCCUCAAACUCACCCCAGCUCUCUACCACCAAACUUUUUUUUCCCCCUUCUCAAUCUAUUAAGAGGAGCUUUGUCUUUAAGUGGUUAGGGGCCGGGCUUUUUUUUGUCUCGAUGGAUACCCAUAAUCCCCUGCAGAGCCCUCAGGACUGUGGAGGCCAUGGUGCUAUGGCAUUCCCAAUGGCAGAGACAGAGCAGAGAU